AUGGCUACAGACCAUCUUUCUGCUAUCAUGAGCGCAAUGCGCAGGGACCAAAAGUACACCGACCUUGUGGUCAAAGUCGGCAAGGGCAUGGACGAGUUCAAUCUUCACAAAGCUGUUGUUUGCGGCCAAAGCGCAUAUUUCGACAGUUCUUGCUCAGGUCAUUUCAAGGCAAGUCAAGCUAUCAACUUCUCUCCCUCUGAUGUUCCAUCACCCUUAAUCUGCAAAGAAGCACAGACGGGUGUAAUCGAGCUUCUUGACGUUGAAUCUUCAGUGUUCGUGCUCCUGGUGGACUACAUGUACACGGGAAAACUUGAGCUGCCAACAGAGUCGCAGCUUCCCGGAAAUGACCAUUAUUCACUCCUGGUGGGAACGCCCUGGCCAUUCAAGGCGACAUUGAAGGCCCCAUCUGGUGCAGAAGAGGACUCUCUCGAAGCGUGUCAGCACAUCUCGGCGCAAGCAGAGUAUAAACAUUUUUCUCCCGAAGAGCUCAGGCUUGCAGACUACAAUCGUGGCUGGCGAGGUCCGAGGACAUCAAUAUUCCAAAAUGAUAUUGUACCCACAGCCACUACCGGUCGGCUCGUCGAUGCAGCGAAGCUUCCUUACCCAGUAUUUGGAGCCAGGACUGUGGCCGGCUCUAUCGACUUUGGCAUAGUGGCUACUCAGAAUCCGUUUCUUCAAGCAGCAACUCUAGCCAGCACGAAUAUUAAUGCAGCUAUACCUCGCCCUGCCUUAUCCUCCUGGCCCAAAAGAUCGUAUACAUCGUAUUCCCCGUCAUCCGACACACUACCACAGCUUUUCCAGACUUCAAAACGCAUCCCGCUAUCGCACCACUCCAACCCAGGCGCCACGUGCAAGACAAUUCUCUUCGCGCUCCGAGUCUACACCUUGGCGGAUCGGCUUCUGGUCCCCCAGCUGAAGGCGCUUUGUCUGAAGAAGCACCGAGAGGCAACGAAGGCAGCCGAGAAAGAUAUAAUGUGGCGGUGGCAUAGCUUCGGCGAGGUUAUCAGACACACAUAUGAGAACGAGCAGCCGGACACCCUCAAGACUCCGUUGUUGCGGCUCGUGAUCAAAAAGCGCUGGAUCGAUGACUUCUGGAAAAGUUUGGAGCCGCUGAUGGACGAGAUUCCCGCAUUUGAGAGGGAUGUGCUAGAUGCGUUAAGGCAGGCUACACUACCGGGGGAGCCUGACCGACUUCCCUCGGAGUAG